UAGUUGGUCUACGAUACCUACUGACAACAUUUCAUAUCAAACAACAUGUUCAAGUUGCUCAUUCUUUCAGCACUCGUGGCUUAUGCCUCCGCUGGAUUGUACACGGGAUACAAUGGAUACGGCAGUGGCUACGGUUAUGGUGGAUACGGUGGUUACGGUGGCUACGGUUAUGGCGGAUAUGGUUUAGGCCAUGGGGUUGGAAUUGCACCAGCUUAUUCAUCAGGACUCGCUUACCAUGCACCUGUCGCGACUAGCUAUGCAAACACGUAUAAGGUCGCUUUGGCUCCUGCGGUGACCAAAGUUGCGGUUGCGGCGCCUGCGGUAACCAAAGUUGCUUAUGCCGCACCCACAAUAACUUACGCUGCUCCAGCCGUUGCUCCAGCUAUCAGUUAUAGCCACGGAUACAGUAUCCCACCUUCGGUCACUACUUACGGCCAUUCUCUUGGAUAUGGUCUGGGAUACGGAUAUGGACUUGGACACGGAUACGGAUACGGCCACGGUGGUUAUUAUCAUUGAAAUUGAAACCCAAAUGCAUCAAUGAUCUGCCCCGAUCGGUUCUUUCCAUUAACGAAAGAUAUAUAUAUAUAUAUAUAUAAGUUAUAUAUAUAUAACGAUUGUACAUAAUACGUACGACGACUGAACUCCACCUAACAUCACACACUGCCACAAUUACCACCAAACCCAAUCCCCCAAAAAAAGAACUAUGUAAAAUAUUUAAUAAUAUAUCGUGCAUGUGUAA